GGGUUGACGGGCUCAGCCGGGUUUGGGACAUCUCCGGGGGCGGCUACUAGGACGGGAGCGGAGUCAUGUCUGCGCCUCGCGCCGAGGAGUCACCGGAUCAUCGCGUCGCCUCGAUCUGGAGAGGACACGUCAAGGGCAAAAAAGUCCCACUUGUGUUGCUGCCUCCUGACUCCACCUCGAUUUAAGACGAACAAACAACAAGCCCCGCCCAUCGCUGCCGGCAGCCUGCGUGUGACCGAGGUGCGCGUGCGCGUGGGAAGUGGAGCCCACUUGUGGAUUUUUGGGAAAUGUCCCUUGUUUUUACUCAGACGUCUUUUUGGUUUCCGAGUGGUCGUUGAACGCACCAUCCCGGAGUUACCUGUGCCCGGGCUGCGUCAACGAACGCCGCCGACGAGCGUCGUUGGUCGGCUUGGAGGUGGCCCGCCGCCCGGCUUCUGUCUACGCACAUGUCCGCCUGAAUAUGAACCAGAGCAGCAGCUGCCAUGGCCUGCAGCAGCGCUCCCACUAAUGCCGAAACCCUGGAAGGCUUCCACGAGGUCAACCUGGCCUCGCCCACCACGCCCGACCUGCAGAACCAAGCGGAACAGCGCCCGCCCGCCUGCCACAGCGCGCCUCCCACGUCCGUGUACCGCACGCACUCGCUGGGUGCGCCGCCCGCCGGCCUGCGGGCCGACCAGCUGCCCACGCGGCCCGUCUACGCCACGCCGCCGGACGCGCACAAUGGGAGCGCGCAGGGCCCGGAGGCGGACUCGGCCGAGGGCAACCUCCUGCCGUGCGACGACGGCGAGGAGUGUAGCGCCCUAAGCGAGAGCCUGGCACGACUGCGCAGCCCCUCGGUCAUGGAGGUGCGAGAGAAAGGAUACGAGAGGCUCAAGGACGAGCUGGCCAAGGCGCAGAGGGAGCUGCUGUUGAAGGAUGAGGAGUGUGAGAGGUUGUCAAAAGUGCGAGACCAGCUGGGCAUGGAGCUGGAGGAGCUGACCGCCAGCCUCUUCCAGGAGGCCCACAAGAUGGUGAGGGAGGCCAACGUCAAGCAGGCCAACGCAGAGAAGCAGCUGAAAGAAGCUCUGGGCAAGAUUGACGUCCUCCAGGCGGAGGUGCAGGCCCUGAAGACGCUGGUUCUGUCUUCGCCCACGUCCCCCGUGGGCGAGCUCCCCAACGUGGGCGCCGGGGGGAAGACGCCCUUCAGGAAGGGCCACAGCAGGAACAAGAGCACCUCCUCCGCCAUCCUGGGAACGCAGCCCGACCCGUCGGCCACGCAGCCCAUCGUCCGCGAGUGCCGAGAGGCGGACGCGCAGCUGUUCACGGAAUUCAAGGCCUGGAAGGAGGAGCCCACGCUGGACCGCAGCUGCUGCUUCCUGGAACGAGUUUACCGCGAGGACAUCUACCCGUGCCUCAGCUUCAGCAAGAGCGAGCUGGGUUCAUCCAUCCUGGAAUCCGUGGAGCAGAACACACUCAGCGUGGAGCCGGUGGGAUUCCAGCCGCUGCCCGUCGUCAAGGCCUCGGCCGUCGAGUGCGGCGGACCAAACGGGCGAACGUCUGAGCUGGUCUUGAAGUGUGCCCUGAGUGGUCAGACCAAAACCUGCAAGCACAGAAUCAAGUUCGGGGACUCGUCCAGCUAUUACUUCGUGUCCCCGUACUGCCGAUACCGAAUCACGGCCGUGUGCAAUUUCUUCACCUACAUUCGUUACAUCCACCAGGGGCUGGUCAAGCAGCAGGACGCUGAACAGAUGUUCUGGGAGGUGAUGCAGCUGCGCAGGGAGAUGUCCUUGGCCAAGCUGGGCUACUUUAAAGACAACCUGUGACUGACCGACCCCCGGCGACCCCCCCGCCCCCGCGUUUGUGCGUAAGAUGGCAAAAGCGGUCGGGGUUCAUCAGCACACCGAACACUCGGCAGUGUUAUGUUGACGCCAGUUUUGUUCACAUUUCGUACCGUUUCAAAACAUUGGAGGGGAAAAAAAAAAAAAAAAAAGUAUCAAAAUUGAGCUGACUCGUCCAAGUGAUGACAUUUCAGAUACUUUGUUGCUCGAGGGAGGUUCUUGUUUGGCGGUUUACAAACAAUCGUUUGAGUUGUAUUCACAAAAAGUGGAACGUUUCUGGAACAUUCCUGCUCAGUUUCCAUGGCAAGUUAAGCUGGGGAAUUUUGGAAAGACUGUUUUCAUGGGAAUUGAGGGUGUUUGAAUGGGAAGGUAGCACAUUCAGGCAUAAAUAUUACUUUUUGUCAUAAUCAGGCAUCCAUGCAAAACCGAGAGCUCUCGCGGGUAUGACGCUACCUUAAUUGCUCCAUUUUGUUUCUUCCCUACUUGUAAGUCAAGGUACUGCUGUACUUGAAUGAAUUGUCCUUUUUGUAAAUUCCUGGUUUGUUCUCUUAAUUCCCAUGGAAAAUUUCCAACUCUGAAAAUCCCCAUAAAUUGGCAAGCCCCGUCGUACUGCAGAAUGAUGACUCCAGUUUUGAAGUGUCCGUCAUGAGUUGUGUUGAAGACUUGGGCGUUGCAAAGAUGAUCUCAUUUUCAUUUUGCAGAAAAUGUUAUUUAUCAUGUAUUUAUCACAAAGGAAAAUUAACACUAAGCCACCAAACACGGAAGGACUUUGGCAAAAACAAAAAAAAAAAAGUUUAUUAUUUUUGUGUGUGUGGGACUUUGCAUUUUGUUCCAGUGAACCCGACUCCUCUUCCUGUCAUUCAAAGUCGAUGUCGCUCCUCUCCCACUUUGGUUUAGUGCCUUUUCUCUCACUCUCAAAUAAACCAAUGAAAAAAAUGCAA